UGGAGCUCUCACCAUUCCACGCAAACAAACACGAUCGAGCUUCUCCAAGUCUCAUCGAAACCAGUCUCAGAAUCUCAACCCGGCAAGCAAGCAGUCAAACAGUUUCCUUCCCGGCGGCACGGUGUGCAGAUUCGAGCUGUCCGGAGCCGGCAAAGGGUGACCAUGGGUUUGGCUUGGAUGGUGGCCGCGGCCGCUGCGGCGGUGCUGGCGUCGUGGGCGUUCAACGCGCUGGUGCACCUGGUGUGGCGCCCCUACGCCAUCACCAAGAAGCUCCGCGCGCAGGGCGUGCGCGGUCCGGACUACAAGUUCUUCGUCGGGAACCUCGGCGACAUCAAGCGGCUCCGCGCCGCGGGCGCCGGCGUCACGCUGGACGUCGACGACCACGACUUCAUCCCCAUGGUGCAGCCGCACUUCCGCAAGUGGAUCCCGCUCUACGGGCGAACGUUCGUGUACUGGACCGGCGCGAGGCCGAACGUGUGCCUGGCGGACGUGAACAUGGUGAAACAGGUGCUCUUUGACCGCACGGGCCUGUAUCCCAAGAACCUCAUGAACCCGCACAUCUCCCGCCUGCUUGGCAAGGGGCUCGUGCUCACCGACGGCGACGAGUGGAAGCGUCACCGCAAGGUCGUGCACCCGGCCUUCGACAUGGACAAGCUCAAGAUGAUGACGGCGACCAUGUCUGACUGUGCUCAGUCGAUGAUGUCCGAGUGGGAGGCACAGCUGGCCAAGGGCGGCGAGGGGGAGGUCGAACUGAGCAGACGGUUCGAGGAGCUCACCGCCGACGUGAUCUCGCACACGGCGUUCGGGAGCAGCUACAAGGAGGGGAAACAAGUCUUUCUGGCGCAGAGGGAGCUCCAGUUCCUCGCAUUCUCCACCGUUUUCGAUGUCCAGGUCCCAGGGUUCAGGUACCUUCCAACUGAGAAGAACCUCAAGACAUGGAAGCUGGACAAGCAGGUGAGGGGAAUGCUCAUGGACAUCAUCAAGAGCCGCCUCGCCACCAAGGACACCGUGGGAUACGGGAACGACCUGCUCGGGCUGAUGCUGGAGGCCUGCGCGCCGGAGCACGGCGAGAGCCCGGCCCUGAGCAUGGACGAGAUCAUCGACGAGUGCAAGACCUUCUUCUUCGCGGGGCACGACACCACCUCGCACCUGCUCACCUGGGCCACGUUCCUGCUGAGCACGCACCUGGAGUGGCAGGACAAGCUCCGGGAGGAGGUGCGGCGGGAGUGCGGCGACGAGGUGCCCACCGGCGACGCGCUCAACAAGCUCAGGCUAGUCAACAUGUUCCUCCUCGAGACCCUUCGACUUUACGGCCCGGUAUUGCUGAUACAGCGGAAGGCGAGCUCGGACCUCGACCUCGGCGGCUUCCGGGUGCCCGAGGGCGCGAUCUUGUCGAUCCCGAUCGCGACGAUCCACCGCGACAAGGAGGUCUGGGGUGAGGACGCCGGCGAGUUCAGGCCCGAGAGGUUCGAGAACGGGGUGACGAGGGCGGCGAAGCACCCCAACGCGCUGCUAUCCUUCUCCAGCGGGCCGCGGUCGUGCAUCGGGCAGAACUUUGCGAUGAUCGAGGCCAAGGCCGUGGUCGCCAUGAUCCUGCAGAGGUUCACGCUCGAGCUGUCCCCAAAGUACGUGCACGCGCCCAUGGACGUGCUCACGCUCCGGCCCAGGUACGGUCUUCCCAUGGUCCUCAAGAGGCUGGGGGUGUAGGUGCACCUACUCGUGUCAUGCAUGCAUGCUUCCAGGAGCAACAUUUUGGUUUCGUUGGGUAGAUGGUUUGCCACUCCGUUGUACUCUAGAUAAGUUUUGUUCAUUACUUCAUUUGUUGUCGCAUGGUUUGUAAUGUAUUUCAUUUGUACAUAAAUCGCAUGUAAGGAGAAUAUAUAUAAUCUUGAUUGUUGGAUUGAA